UCCCGAAACCCCUAUACGUAAAUAAAAAAAAAUCCAUAACGCAAUCGCAAGGCGCUGCCUCCACCGCCGCCACCUGCACAUCCAUCGUCGCCGUUCGCGUCUCCGGAUCCCGCGACCGGAGUCCGGACCCUCAUCCCGCGGCCGCAUAUUCUCCCGUCCGUGCCCUCGCGUGCGCUCUGCCCCUCCGGCGUCCGCCGCCGCCGUCGCCCUACCCGAGGUGCCGUGGUCUCCAUCUCCCGGAGCUUCGCCGGCGACGAGAAUCUUCCAGCAUCUCGGCGCGUGUAGAGCCAUGCUGGGCGCGCGUGUGCAGCUGAAGGGGUGGCAACAGGCAGCUGUUGCAUUUGGUUCUGCGUUUGGGGCCUUGCUUGACCCUAGGAGGGCUGAUCUUAUAGCUGCUCUUGGAGAGACUACUGGGAAACCAGCGUUUGAGCGUGUGCUGCAACGAAUGAAGAACAGUGCAGAAGGCAGGGAAGUUCUCUCGGAGCGUCCCCGCGUGGUAUCCUCGCAGGUUUCCCAUGCCUGGGACCUGCCUCAGAACACAUUUGGCGCGGCGUAUGCUCAGUUCAUGGGAUCAAGGAACUUCUCACCAGACGAUCGCCCGCCUGUCCGUUUCAUGGACACCGAUGAGCUCGCCUACGUCGCGACACGUGCUCGCGAGGUGCACGACUUUUGGCACGUGCUGUUUGGUCUUCCGACGAACCUGAUUGGGGAGACCGCCCUCAAGGUGAUAGAGUUUGAACAGAUGUUCCUCCCAAUGUGCAUGCUGUCAGUCGUCGGGGGCUCUGCGAGGUUCAGCGACAAACAAAGGGCGCUGUUUUUCCAGCACUACUUCCCAUGGGCAACAAAAGCUGGUCUCAAGUGUACUGAUCUGAUGUCUGUAUAUUACGAGAAGCACUUUCACGAAGACCUGGAGGUAGUGAGAAGGAACUGGGGAAUCCUUCCUUGCCCCAGUCCCAAAAAGAGCAGUGUAUAGGGCGGCAUUUUCUGCGUGAACUUUCUAUCUGUUUCAUCUUUGGUUUCUGUUAGUUGCUCAGUUCUUUUUGGAAUAGCAUCAUGAGCUAAUGUUGAUGAAUACUGAUACGUUACCGAGUUGGAAGUAUGGUUAGCAAGUUGAUGUGCA